UUGUAGUUCAAUUUUCUUGAAUUUUCUAACUUGGAAUUAAAUCCACUUGCAAAGCUGUAUAGAAACAAUCUUAUCCUCUGUUUCUAUAAAUGUUGUAAAAAAUAAUACUAAUUAAAUAUAAAUGUUCGAGACUCGUUGAAUAAAUUCCGAAUUUUUUUCAUGAUUGGGCUAAUUCCUCUUUUUCUGGUUUCAAUGGUUGGCUAAUUCCUUAUUUCCAUUUUUACGAAGAUUGCUACUUUCUCUUUCCAGAUCUGUUCCUACUUUCAAGAUCUCUUCUUUCAUUUUUCUUUUAUUGUCUGUCUUCUCUGUUAGUGUUCAUAAUCCUGUUCGUUACUCAGCAGCCAGCAUUUUAGUGAAGCACAGAGAGAGAGAGAGUUUAAAUAGAUCUCUGGAUUCUUGAGUUUUACAGAGAAAUCCAGAGAAAUCAAGAAGAAGAAAAAGAUGAAGUUUGGGAAAGAGUUUGUUGGGCAGAUGAUUCCAGAAUGGCAACAAGCUUACAUGGAUUAUGCUUCUCUCAAAUCCAUUCUUCAAGAAAUCCAAAACUCACGGAAAAGAUCAGACACAUCAGGUACCUUAAGACGCAAGCAACCUGUCCACCGCAACUUUAGCGGUCUCACCAAGCGGUACAGCCGGGCCGCUUCGUCGCUGGAACUCGAAAACCAGGACAUUCUAGUGACCGCAAGGAUUGGUGACGAUGGGUUCGAGAGACACGAGACGACCAUCAUGAGAGUUGCGGAAACAGGGAGAGAGUCAGAGCUUGUGUUCUUUAAAACCCUAGAUUUCGAAUUCGACAAAGUGAACCAUUUUUACCAGUCUAAAGUGGAGGAAAUGGUGAAGGAGGCAGUGGUUUUGAACAAACAAAUGGAUGUUUUGAUUGCUUUCAGAAUCAAGGUCGAACAACCUUCUUCUUCUUUGAGCUGCAGUGAAACAGUUUCAGUCGAUAUGAAUGCCUUGGAUUCUAAGAAACAGAGGAACACAUUAGCUGAUGAGAUGGGAAUCGAAGUAGAGCAAAAUGGAUCCAACGGUGGAGGUUCAACCAGCGAGAGCGUACCGGAGGCUUUAAGUGUUCUUGAACGUAUCAGAUUAAACAAAAUUGAAGAAACUCCUAUGUCCACAAUUAGAAACGUCCUCAAGCUAUCUCACCAUGAAGAGCUCAAAUUCACAAGAGAGAAUCUCAAGAAAAUAGAGGAACGACUUAAGAUUGUAUUCAUCGAGUUUUAUCGCAAGCUUCGACAUCUCAAGAAUUACAGCUUCUUAAACACCUUGGCGUUUUCAAAGAUCAUGAAGAAGUAUGAUAAGAUAGCUUCAAGAAGUGCAGCAAAACCAUACAUGGAGAUGGUAGAUAAGUCCUACCUUACUAAAUCUGAUGAGAUAAACAAGCUUAUGGCGAGAGUUGAGUCUAUCUUCGUGGAGCAUUUCGCCAGCUCGAAUCGAAGCAAAGCAAUGAAUCUCUUAAGACCAAAAGUAAAUAGAGAAACACAUCGGAUAACGUUUUCCACCGGGUUUUUUGUUGGCUGCUCAGUCUCUCUAGUGGUUGCUCUUGGCUUGUUCAUACAUGCUCGUAAGCUACUGGACGCUGACGGACUUAAACUCUACAUGGAAACAAUGUUCCCUCUUUACAGUUUGUUUGGAUUUGUUGUCCUGCACAUGAUCAUGUAUGCUUCAAAUAUAUACUUCUGGAAGAGAUAUCGAGUUAACUACCCGUUUAUAUUCGGAUUUAAAGAAGGAACAGAGCUUGGUUAUAGACAAGUUCUGCUUGUAAGCUUUGGUCUAGGCACGCUUGCUCUAGCUGCUGUUCUUAUAAACCUUGACAUGGAGAUGGAUCCCAAUACCAACGACUACAAGACAGUCACUGAACUUCUUCCCCUUUUCAUUGUAGUUCUAGUGAUAGCUAUUUCUUUAUGUCCCUUCAACAUUUUUUAUCGGUCAAGCCGCUUCUUUUUCCUCAUGGUUGUAUUUCGUUGCAUUGCUGCACCGCUCUACAAGGUUAGUCUUCCGGAUUUUUUCUUGGCGGACCAAAUAACAAGCCAGGUUCAAGCAUUGAGGAGUUUGGAGUUUUACGUCUGUUACUAUGGUUGGGGAGACUUCAGGCUCAGAAAAAACACUUGCAGAUCAAGCGGUGUAUACCGUACGUUCUACUUCAUCGUUGCUGUGAUUCCUUACUGGUCACGUUUCCUUCAGUGUGUUCGAAGAUUAAUCGAAGAGAAAGAUUCAAGCCAAGGGUACAAUGCUCUCAAGUAUUUGUUGACCAUUGUCGCUGUUUGCUUGAGAACAGCUUAUAGUCUUAACAAAGGAAACGUCUGGAAAAUCGCUGCCUGGGUUUUCUCUGCCUUGGCAACUUUAUACGGCACAUAUUGGGACAUUGUGUUUGACUGGGGACUGCUUCACAAACCAUCUAAAACCUGGUUGAGAGAGAAGCUUCUUGUUCCUAACAAGGCCGUCUACUACGUUGCAAUGGUCGUAAACGUUGUGUUGAGAUUGGCGUGGUUGCAGACUGUUCUGGAUUUCAAUUUCUCGUUCUUGCAUAGAGAAACUAUGGUUGCUCUUCUUGCUAUCCUCGAGAUCAUACGCCGUGGUAUCUGGAAUUUCUUCAGGUUAGAGAACGAGCAUCUGAACAACGUGGGGAAGUUCAGAGCAUUCAAAUCAGUUCCGUUACCAUUCAACUACAACGAAGGAGAAGACUCGAGAUAGAUUGAAUUUACUCAAAAGGUUUUUACAAAGAGUGCAAGUUUCAGUUUUGUUAUACGGGUUAUCUUUGUGCUCUCUGUUGUGACAUUAGAGGAAACCAAAAGCAACUUAAAAUAGCAUGUUUCUAGUCACAAUGUGCCCAAAUCAGAUUCAAAACAAGACUGUCCACAGACCUACCAGAGAACUGUGAUCAUGCCUGCGAACAUUAGAGCAUCCAUUGUGAGUCAGACGGAAAACCUACGACCGAAAAACGUCUCAAACUUGCAUGAUGGUUUCAGGAGAAGAUUUUUCUUCAUAUUAAAACAGACGUAGUUAUUGAUUUUAAGCCAAAGAGCACAUUAUAUAAAUGAGCUGUUCUCGAUUUUGCAACAAGCAAUGACAAUAACAUAAUUUGUCAAAAGAAGCAUAAGCAUAUUGAUCUUGCAGCAGAAACCCCAAAUAAUUUGGCAAAACAGAGUCAACUAUGUCUAACGUUAUCACUCGACUAAGAAAGCCAAGAUUUUUCCCUCUAGACAUCCAACUAGGGUUGUUCUAACUGCCUUGCUCACUAGGGUUUCCCCGCUCACCGCUGCAACAGAAGAAAUGUGGCAGCUUGACUCUCCCGCAACUCCUGCAACGGAUGAUCAAAGGAGCAGGCUUAAGAGCCUUUGGCCCAUUUCUUAUCCCUCUCUUGUGUUUAGAAACCUUCUUCUUAGGUACAGCCAUUAGCUCCAUGGAUCCACUGAAAGCGAAAUUAGGCAGCCCAAAUCCGAAGCUCUUCUCAUCGAUCGAACCCGGUUGAUUCUGAUCAAACUCAGGUGAAAUAAGCGGCGGCAUAGCGAUGGGUCGAUCGAUGGCGCUGUUAAAAGGCGGAGGCAUUGCCGCCAUGUGGCUCAAACUUCGGGUUUCCAAGAUGCGGCAUGACCCAACCGCGGCGCGUUUUAGCGAUGUCAGUCUCAACGCCAUUGAUGCAGUUCUCCAAAGCUAAUAGCUGACGGAAGUGAAGACUACUCACUCGAGAGACCAAAAGAGGGCUAAAUUAUGAAGGCAAAUGAACGCAAACGGCGUCGUCUUCUCAUCACCUCCUCCUGUCUUUCCUCGCUCUAAUGGGAAAAUCCAGAAGAUUGUUCUCCCUGAGGAUCCCUACGUUCGUAAAUUCUCCCGUAAGCAUCCUGAAGCAAAACUCGUCGACCCCAUCAAGGUCUCGGCGUUUAUUCCUGAUCCAGCACGCGUAUAUGGUUCUCGGGUUCUUGAACUGACGCAGCAUGGCAUCAGCGAGGAUGACGCAUUGUCUGUGGCUAGUAUGGAAUAUGUUGCAGAUAGAAAGGAAAAGAAGAAAGCAUACAAACGCCUAAAGGAGCUUGCAGUACUGCAAGACAAGGAUGCUCCUCCUAAACCGUAUCUUAGUGCGAAAAAAGAUUUGCAAACUCAAGUGAAGAAAACGCCUACGGAGACUCCUAGCGUUCGCAGGCUAGUUAACCAGUUGAAACAGCAGAAAGAUGUGUUUCUGCAGGACAAACCUGGAGGAAAUGCUAAUCAGGAGCACUGGAUCGACGAAUAAACUCUCUUAUCAUCUUUUCCUUUUUAUGCAAACUUCUCAUCCAAUCUUAUCUCACUGUAGAACAGUCUUUUUUCCAUAUAUGAAUACAUUCUUUGCCUACGAAAGAUUUCCAUCGAAAAAAGUGUUGUUUUCCAUUUUGACAUUUAUAAUAAGAUCAUUGGAUGAUAUCUUUUCUUCCAUGAGACAAGGAACUACAGGAAAAAAGCAAAAUGUUCCUAGAAACGAUCAGCUUUCUAGGCCAAGAAGAGUCUUCAUUGCCUUCUUUUUCGAUACAGCUUUGCCAUAAACACCCUUUCCGAGUUUCAGAAUUCUCUCCAUCUCUGCAAUGUUACUACAACCUCCUCCACUCUUCUUCUUCAUCCCUUCAACCACCAUCUUCAGCAACCUCUCAUCACUUCCAAUGACAUCAGAGACACUGUCCACCACAACCUCCAUUGUUGGAACCUUCCUUCCCCAUCUCCUCAUAAGUCUCUCCGAGCUAUAAAUCUCAUCAUAAACUCCCCAAUAAGAAGCUCUCAACAACCCUUUAUCUUUUCCUUUCACCUUCCAUCUCUUCAUCCCUUCCUCGACCAUGUAAACAGCGUUUCCUGCGUCUACGCCUCUCUCUAAACCCAUCUCGAGCUCUAAAAUCUCUUGGUUUGUAACAGACAAGACACUCUCAUACUUACAUCUACUGCAUCCGCAGCGAAACCCCCAUGACUCAGCCAUCUCCUUCCGCUUUUCCAACGGAGAAGAAAGAACGUCGAAGUAAGCAGAAGUGAUCUCUUCCCCGGCCUUGAUGUCUCUUGAGGCAUGAACAAUCGCGUAGUCCCCAACGUGGAGGCGUCUUGCGUUUGGUAUACACGAGUGGUUGAUAAACGAAGCUAGUAUCCAUAGCCCCACGCCGUAAUACUCUUUGUUCUUCCCCAUAACUUUCGCUGAAGUCGCAUCUUCCACCAGAGAAUUCACAUCCAAAAUGCUUAGUAGCUUCUCAGUAUCCAAAUUCUUCGAGUUACGGAAGAUUUCAAAUGCUUCACCGUCAUCAGGCCUAAAGAGAGACAUCUCUGGAAUCUCCAGUUUAUCUUCGUCUUGUCCAGUGGAUAAAGUGGAGACAAGUCGACAUGUUCUGUCACAUUUCCUCACGGAUUCAGUAACAUCUUCGACGAAGUUCUUCCACAUGAUCAGCUGUGCUUUCUCGCCAGACUCUCCACUUCCCAGAAUCCCUCUCUCAAUUGCUACAGCCUUGGUGACUAAGACCGAAGUUCCUGCAACGAUGUUCUUCGCAGCGAACAGUCCACGCCCACUGACCUCAGACUUCUUAAUCUCGAUCGUUCCGAUGAACUCAGCGAGCUCCGGCGAUCUCCCACGAAACCCACUUAGGAUCCAAUCAGAGAGAUCGAGAGCUCCAGUUUUGCCCUGAGACUCGAGCUUUCUGCAUUUCUCCAUGUACCCAGUAACAGUCUCCAAGUUAUCACUCGCUUGCGGGUCGAGCAGAGCCGUUCUAAAGCAUUCCAAGGCCGAUGAGUAUUUGCUCAAGCCGAAUAAAACUUUACCUUUACAAAUAAGAGUCUUGAAAUGGGUGCUCUCGAGCUCGAGCGCUUGAUCACAAUCACGCAUCGCUUCGGAGAAAUCUCGGAGCCUUGCUCGCGCCUCAGCGCGAUUGCAGAGAGCCAAGCAGAGCGAUUUCCGGAGCUUAUGGAUCGAAUCGGGUUCCGGGUCCGGGUUGGAUCCACAGAGCUUUGAGAUUUGGCUCCGGGAGAGAUCGAUGAACUUGGUGUAAACCUUUAUAGACUCUUCCCAUUCUUCCCGGAGAAGAAGCUCCGUCGCUUUGGAUCUCAGGCUCUGCAACAGCUCCGAUGGUCCUUGUGAAUCUUCCUGUUUCUCAGAUUCCUCUCCUCCCAUUUGAUGAUUUGCUGUGAGAUUGAUUAAUUAAAAUUACUAAAAAAAAGUGUUGGAUUUUUA